AUGGGCAUGAAGAACCAGACGUGGGUCAGCGAGAUUGUUCUCUUGGGAUUUCAGAAUCUCCACAACUUCAAGGUUCCCGUGUUCUCUCUGUUCCUUCUGAUUUACAUUCUGACAGUUUGGGAGAACGUCCUCAUCAUAGUGUUGGUGGCCUUCAGCCGGAACCUCCACUCCCCCAUGUACUUCUUUCUCCAGCAGCUGUCUGCAUGUGACCUUCUAGAGUCCGCAAUUAUUUUACCUAUCUUGCUCCAAACUGUAAUUUAUGAGAAAGUCACAUUGCCCUUUAUUGGUUGUAUGAUGCAAUUUUCUUCUUUUGCUGUCCCUGAAGACUUUGAGUGUUUGCUCCUAGCAGUAAUGGCCUAUGACAGAUAUGUGGCCAUCUGCAUCCCCCUGAGAUACACUUCUAUAAUGUCCCACAGGGUUUGUGUUACAUUCAUUCUCAUAUCAUGGCUACUAAGCUUCAUGUUUGCUUUGGGUCUUGCCAGUACAGUGGCUUCCCUACAGUUCUGCAACCAAAAUACUAUAAAUCAUUUCUUCUGUGAUUUCUUCCCUCUCCUUGAACUUUCCUGCUCAGAUACUUUCUUAGUGUAUAUAAAUAUCAUCUUAGAGUCCAUUCCUUUGGUUUUGUUCCCCUUUAUACUCAUCAGUGUAUCAUAUAUGUGUAUUGCCCAUGCAAUCCUAAAGAUAGUGUCCCAUACCGGGAGGCAAAAAGCCUUCUCCACCUGCAGCUCCCACUUGGCCGUGGUCUCCAUGUUUUAUGGGACUCUCAUUGCUCUUUACAUGGCUCCUCCAAGGAAAGAAUCACAGACCACAAGUAAAGUUCUCUCUCUGUUAUACACAGUAGUGACCCCAUUGGUUAACCCACUUAUCUACAGCCUGAGAAGUAAAGAUAUCAGAAAAAUCAUGCAAAGAGUUUUAAAUGGAACCAAGUAA